UCCCCUUUUUGAUUCCUGUCUGAGACAAUCACACCACAGGAAGGUCUCCCCACCUGCCAGCAAAGAGCCUCGCCAUCCGCCGCUGUUCUUUUCCGUUGCAUGCAUCUGUCUGCGUUAAGGGCGACAACCUGGGAGCGACUCUUCUACUAAAACACUACAAAGAAGAGAGACAGAUCUGUCAAGAGCAAAGGGCGAUUGAUUUCCGGGCCACCGAGAGACCCUUCUUGGAUAGGAUCCUGCCGUCGCGUCUUCUCAACAGAUCCCGGCACCGCAGGUUGUCCUCUCUUUCUCAGCUCGGUUUCACCUCUUCGACCCACAGACAAACUCACGCGCGCAGCUGUUCCCCCCAGAAAAGCAUGGAACUGGGGGUGUAAUUCUCUACCGUUUUUUUCCACUCGCGACAACAAGGCUUUGGUUGAAGGACGGCGGGGUCUUUCAGAACUCCAGGGAAAUCGGCCUCUUCGACUCUGUUCUCUCUCUCUCUCUCGAUGGAGUCUUCUUCUGGAAGUAUCUCUCUUGGAGAGGCCGCUGCCUCAGCCGCCCCGCUUCCCUGCGAUGUGCCAUCCCAGUCGCCUCCUCCAUUCGGUGUAUCUGCGCCAAGCAGAGCCGCGGGAGUCUCUCUCCCUACCUCAAGCGCAACUCCUGUCUCUCCGGUCCUUCACACUUCCUCUUUGUCUUCGUCCCAUUCGUACAAAAGCCUGUCUCGGAGUGCAGAACCUGCAGCGAAGUCCUCUGUAUCGGCCUCGAAAUUGCAUCCGCUUUCUCGCGAGGUCGCGCGCAUCCUGUCGCAUCCCUUUCUGGAGGCUCCAUUCUUGCCGGAGGCCCUUGCGUGUCUGUCUUCGUGCAUUGACGCGGGAGACCAGACAGCUGUCUCCGCCGAUUCCAAGACCUGUGGAGACAGCGCGCUCUCCGCAGACUCUUCACUGACUCCAAGUCAAUCUUCGGGGCUGGAGAGACCAUCUUUUCUCGGCCCUCUAAUCUACCGUGAGAAGCUGCGAAUACACCAGGAGGCUCUUGGCGCCUUCGCGCCUAUCCGGCGUCAAAUCGUCGAGGUCGCGGAACAGGCCCAAACUCUGUCUCGCAUGUGUUCCCAGUCUUCUUCUCAGCUGCGGCGAAGUCGCGCCCAACUCGCCGGCCUGCUCUGCAAAGUCGAAGGACUUCGGGAGCAACAGCGCGCGCUUCAGAGCCGCCAGCGCCUCUGCCAGCUGCUCCUCGACGCCCUGCAGUUGCCGGCGCGUCUUCUGGAGGCCCUCACGGGCCGCCGACGUGCAUGCGUCGAUCUCCCGGAGACAGCGCAUGGAGACAAAACGGCGCUUGCGGGCGCGGCGAAGGGCCCCAAGCAGGGUCUGGGUCCAGAGGGACCCGGAGAAGGAGACAGCAAGGAAGAUCUGCAGCUCGACAGCCGCUUCUUCGAGGCUUUGAAGGAAGUGGAGAAGAUCCGGAAGCGGGCGCUGAAGCUGCAGGCGCAAACGUCGAUGGCAGAUCGGGAUAUCUCUGAGGAACACCAAUCUUGCAUGCAGAACGCGUCUCUCGCCAACAGAUCUGACCGGAUGCUCUUCGGGGGCGCUCCUCCGCGCCUCGCAGACGACGUUCUGCAGCACACAGCGGACCUCCGGGAAGCGGCGUUCGAGCGCUUGUACCUUUGGAUGCAGCGAAUCUUCAAAAGCGCGUGCGUCGGUGGAGUCAACGCCAAGUCGAGGCAAGACCGCAGAAGCGACAGAAGCGACCACAGCGGCGGGCAGAGCUCUCGACAUGAGCGAGAGACGCCCUCCGGGGACUCGGAGACCCUCGACGCUGUUCAGCAGGUCGAGGCUUUCGCAGCCGCGCUCGCCACCGCCGGCUUGGCGCGAAAAUGGGAGCGGGAGGGGCUGGCGCGCGCAGGCGAGACGCAGAGCCUGACGACAGUUCUGGGCGUGAAUGACGAACCAUCGCUGUUGUUUCGAGGCUUCCAGGCCCUAGAAGACCGGCAUGCGUACCUCCAGCACUCUGUCCAGGAGUUCUCGCGGGUGCGGUCUCAACUCAUCAUAGACGCAUUCUGGGGCUCGUCCCUCGAAAGCGAAGCUGCGCCCCCUGCUCGCGCAUCGACGGGGCCGGUCUCGGGCCUUCUGGCGAGGACCCGAGACCUCGCUCAGCACUGGAGAAAGGGGGGCGUUUUUGGAGGGAACGCCGGACUUGGCGGGGGGUCGCCGGGAGACGCAGACGGUCGAGCCGCAGCCGAGGCAGCAAACGGCCUCGCCCUCGGCGCCUCGUUCGACACGGUCUGCCGAGCUGAGCCUGUCGAAUUCUUGCGCGCCACUCUGCAGUAUGUCGUGCAUGCAGUCGCUGCGGAACGCGCAGUCAUUCGGGGCCUUCUGGGCCUGCUUCCGAGGGAGGAUACACAGCCUCCCGGGGGGGCUUCAGGGGGUAUAGGCGCUUUAGGGUCUCUGGGACUGGAGACUCCUGGAGGGCGGUCAAAGUGCCUCGCUGAAGAGACAGACUCCCUGGGUGGGGCGGAGAGGAGACAGACAGAGCCUGUGUCGGGCCUUGACGUGGAAGACCCGGCAAAAGAAGCGCGUGAGGCAACCGUCGAGACGCGGGAGGGGGCGAGGAGACACCUAGACGCUCAGGAGUGGGUCCUUGAUGAAAAUGGAAGGCCUGGGGCUCUUCCAGAUGGCCCGUCGGCGGAGGGUAAGGAAGGCAGGGGCGGCGACCUUGGAGCCCCGGACAGAGCUUGUGGCGGAGGUGAACCGAGUGGAAGCUGUGGGGAGAUGUUGGGAGUGCGAGAGGCCCUCAGAGGCACUCGACUUCUCCAAGAGACAACAGCAGGCAUGUCUCGGCCUUUACGGGCAACCAUCGAACAAGCCUUUUCUAUGAUUCGAGCGAGCGCGACGGCUCCAGGAGCGGCGGGAGGAACUCGACUUCAGCAGCAGCAUGUUCUCGGGGUGCUUCUCAUGGUUCGCAUGCUGGACGUUUACGCGGCUCUUCUCCGGUGUCUCCUUGUCUUCGAUAUGGGGCUUGCUUCCGCCACACGGCACCCGCAGGAGCCCAAGGGCGGCCCAGGGCCUCAGCCUGUGCCCGGAGAAGGACCGCCGGAGAACGUUCGUGAACCUUCGGUGUCGGAUCCGACGUAUCCUUCUCCGGCUGCGCGAGGGCGACUCGAAACGCGCACUGGAAACGCGGUUGUCGAGACGUCCUUCACCGUUCCAGAGCUAGUUCUCUGCUGCGAAGAGUACGCAGAAAAGGGUGAAGAACUGUUUCUCUCUCUCUGGGAGCGGCAAGUUGUUCGAGCUGCGUCCUCCUCUACAGCGGCUCAGCUCUCGUCCGUGCUGCUCUCAGGUCGCCUGUCUCCCGGGGUUCCUGGCACUGAAGGAAGCGCAGGGCUUGGAGGCGAAGGCGAGUUGAUCGCAACAGAGGGCGGCGCGUUCCUCGAGCUCACAGGCCGACUGCGAGAAGCUCUUGAGAUCCUGAAUGCGCCCGUGAUCUCUGUCGAAGAAGAAAACGAGCUCUGGCUCCUCGCUUCUGGAGCCGCUGCCGCUGCCUCGCGACGCUCGCGCCCGAUGGCGGCAGGCGGCCUGCCGGCCUGGGCUGACACUCCGGUUGUCACCAAUCUCGUGAGGGACAGAGACGCUUCUGUGUGGGGGACUGAGGUGAGAAGGCGGAGUCACUUGGCAGGACGAAGAAGCCGAAUCACAGGGAUGCGUGCCUUCGAGGACCUCAGCAGUGAAGCGUGUGAAGGCGGCGAGGGCGAGCAAGCCAGCGAAGAACUGCAUGCGUGGGUGGAAGCCUCCGUCGCGCCUCUCUUGAACUUCUGUAGACAAGAGGCGCAGCGCUUCAGCGAUGCCGGGGAGACCGCCGUCUGUCUCAUCAAUGCGUACGCCAGCGUGCAAGAACCGCUGCGCCGCUUCCGUGUUUGUAGAAGUUAUCUGCGGGUGCUCGCUGAACUUUUAGAUCAGCAAAUGGUUAAGCUCAUCGAGGUUGAGUCGGGCAAAAUCCUCGCCUAUCUCGGACUCGCUGACAGGCUCGAGGCUGUCCGCCGAGCUGUGGAACGAGAGAAGGGGCGGCUUGGAGUCGCGGGACCCGACGCUCUCCCCCAGGUCGGUGACGGCAAGGCGCCUCUCCAAGUUGGCACAGAACAGAGCGGAGAUGCGGGGCCUGACGACGAGGUUCUUCUGCACAAGGAAGGGCUAGUGAAGUUUUUCGGCGAGUUCUACGUUGCACUGUAUGGACUGAGUGCGCUGAACCUCGACUAUGUCGACAGGCUGAUGCAUUGGCACUUGCGGUCGCAUGCAAAAAAAGCCGUGCUCAACGCAGUCCUACAGGCCUAUUCGGAGAUUUACAAUCACGUGAGCCACUUACGAGUUGCUACUCACACCCCUGGAGAUGUCGCUCUGCUUCUCGAUGUGUGAAAAACCUGCGGACUCGAGAGGGGGUUUCGAAAAGGUCGUCGCAUUGUCAGUUGGAAGCCGUAAAAAACUGAAACAUACACUAGCGCUGGAACCAUUCACAA